CUUGGCCUUGUAGCAAAAUCAGGGAACUCGAAGUCGAAGUCACAUGGUUUUGUGUUUGUUGUGGUUUGUUAUCAACUCGAGCGAAUUGUUCAAAUAUGAAAAUCUGAAAGAAAAUGAAUGUGAUUUAAAUUAUUGAAACCUUAAUUUUUCCAUCAUGAAUUGUAAUAAAAUGAAAGUCCUCAUGUUCCGGAUGGUCCUUGCGAAGCAAUCAUUGCAACGAAACAUCAGUAACUUGACGAAACUUUCCAGUUGCCCGGUACUUAGUUCAAAUAUCGUUAAAAUCUGCCACAAAUAUUGUUCUUCCGACACUCAAAACGCUACCAAAUACCUGGAAGAGUUCUCCGAAGAAUUCGAUACCGAAUCCAGAGUCUACGACAACAUCGACUUAGAGGCCAUCACAGACAACGACCCGGAAAAAAUCAACAUUCUCAAUGCACUUAUAACCAAACUCGAGAUGAAAAGCCAGAAAGGCCUUCCAUUACCUAAGCAUCUUUCUACGCAACACUGGCGUGAAAUUCUCAAAUUACCUUCGCUCACUCAGAAAAUGAAUUACUUGAAGUAUAUGGCGAUAAAAGAAGCUCGUAAGGAAGAGCAACGCUUACUUAAACUAGAGAAACGUAAAAAAUACGAACAGUUUUUAGAAGAGAAGAAGAAACACCCUAAAACGGUGUCAACGACAAACUCGCCCGUUGUUUAUGGUUUAAACGGCACGUCGAUAUUUAUGAGAGUGCGGAAUUCUACGAUAGAUAAAUUUUAUAAUUAUAAAUUACUAGAACCUUAUAUGAAUGGUCCCGAUAUAGUUAUCGAUUGCGAAUAUAGCUCGUUUAUGACUCCUAAAGAAAUAAAUAGCGCUGCUUUUCAAGUAGGAGGCGCUUGGCAUAUGAAUAGAGCUAAUGUGCAUCCUUUCAACAUUGUGUAUACAAACCUUCAAAAAGGCAGCGUUCUCUACGAGAGGUUGAAAUUAAUGUACCCUCCUAUCGACGUUGAUCCUUCUUACUUGUUCAACUAUACGCCGAAAAGUUUUCUAGAUUUGUAUCCUAAAGAUAAAUUGAUCUACUUAUCGCCUCAUGCUGUAGAAUGCAUGGAGACAUACGAACCUGAUAAAGUUUAUAUUAUUGGUUGUAUGGUUGAUAUAGCUAUGCCCGAACCUUUAUCUUUGGCGAAAGCAAAAAAAUACGAUAUACGAGCUUUGAAGUUCCCUUUAGAUAAAUAUCUUAAUUGGAAAAGCGGUGGAAAAGCUUUAAACAUGGAUCAUUGUGUUAAAAUAAUGCUCGACAUUAAGAACGGUAAAGAUUGGAAAUCAGCUUUAACAAAACAUAUACCACCUAGAAAACUUGAAUCUGAACACCCUGAAGAGCAAAAAGAUGUAAAUUUUCUACAGGAUGCUCGAGCUAUUCGUCGUAUGUUUUUGAAAAACAAAGUACACGAAUUAAUUGUCGAUAAAGAUUACAAGAAAUGAUCUCUUUAACAUCGUAUCCGAAAUGUAAAUUAUUAAUUGAUGUCAGUUUUUGUAAAUGAAUUAUCGAUUUUCUCAAAUAAAAACCUAUUGUAUUUCGUUUUCCAAAAUGAAAA